AUGAAUAUGUUAGAUGAUGAAGAUGACCAAAGCUUUCACGCUACGCGUGACGGCUACUCCCAUUUGAGCGAUGUCGAAUGGGAUGCGGUUGAACGGAUGGGUUCAACCAUGGGCAUCCAUGCUGUUAGCGUCAUGCUAGAGGCUCUCAAUAGAGAUGCCCAACAUGCUACCAUCGCCAAGUUCAUUCAAAAUGAACUUAACGCUGAACGCGAGAAAUUUGAACUGUUGAGACAGCAGCAGGCUGCUGCUGGUGGGUCGAUGCAUUCGCGUCGACCCGAAACCUUGAAUAUUGACAUCUCCAAGUAUAGGGGAGUCGAAGAAGACUCCCUCUUGAGAUGGUUCGUCGACUUGGAUGACGCCAUAAGGGCGCGUCGCAUCGACGACGGGGAUACGCAAGUUGCAUUCGCCCAAUCAAAUCUGGCAGGACGUGCCAAGACUUGGGCACUGGGGCUCAAGUUGCACGGCCCAUAUGCGUUUGGGUCGUUGGAAGUCUUCAAGUCGCGGCUCAGACAAACGUUUGAACCGCCUAGAGCUGAGCUCAGAGCUCGAACUGAACUCUUGAAGCUCAAGAAAGGUAAGCGUGAUGUGCACGCUUACGCGCAACAUAUACGACAUCUCACGAGUUGUAUAAGUUCCAAUCCAGUGGAUGAACACACGUUGGUUUCGGUGUUCAUGCAGGGUCUUGCGGAGGGUCCCGUCAAGACUCACCUGUUCCGGCUUGAACUAGAUUCACUAGAACAAGCCAUUUCCAUUGCGGAGCAGGAAGACUUCAGUCUGAGACAGGCUCGCGCCAGCUCGACAUCAUAUCGUCAACCGAGACGAUAUGACAGCGGAGGUCCAGAGCCUAUGGAACUCUGUUGUGUAGAGAGCGAGAAGGCUCGCUCUACAGGCUACAAGAAGUUGCAGAGAUGCAACAGAUGUCAAAAGACAGGACACUACGCUUACGAGUGUAGUGCCCCUCGUCCAGAGUCUCGCGACACUGGGCGUAGUGACCGUCCACCCAUGAGAAAGGGGCAGGGACGAGGGUCCGCUGUUGGUGCAAAGACGCAACAACGGGAUGGACCGUCAAAAAACGGUCAGGAUCAGUAG